AUGGGUCAACCUGGAGGAAACUUGACUGUGACCUGUGACUAUAACAUCGAGUAUAAGAAGCACCGGAAGUGGUGGUGCCGAAAGACACCCCUGAUGCACUGUCAGAACCGUGUACACACCACUAGAGCAGAGCAGGUGGUGAGGAAGGACCGGGUGACCAUCAGGGAUGACCAGGGUCAGCACAGGUUCACCGUGACCAUGGAGCAGCUCAUGGACAAUGACACGGACACGUACUGGUGCGGGGUUGACACUGAUAAAUUUAAUCUAGCAUUUCCCGUCAGAGUGACCAUCGCCCCAGCUCCAACCUCAGCUCUGACCACCAUCUCAAUGUCCACCAUGACCAUCAUGACUACGGACACCCCCACGACAGCGGCCACCACAGAAGAGAUCACAGACGCCCUGAGUGUGACCAGGACCCUCUCCAACACCACGUCCCUGCUCAGCAUCAUCCACUUCGUGCUCCCGGCCUUCCUGAAGGUUCUCCUGCUGUUGGUCCUGAUGGGGGCCAUAGUCUGGGCUCAGCUGCUCUCAGGGGACCCCGAGAAGUUGUUGGUGAAGCUGGAAGAUCCUUGA